CUCCAUGGCCACCUUCCACCAUCCACAUUUCUGCAGCUCAAACCCCCCAACCACCGCUAAACCCAGCACCACUCCCAGCAGAAGAAUAAUACCACCAGUUAUAUUGCAGAACGCGAAAAAGAAGGAAGACGAGGCAUGGAAGGAGAAUAAGAAGGUAUUCGUAGACUGCGACGGAGGUAACCACAGCGUCAGCGUUCAAUUGAGUGGCAUACGAAAAGCAGAUUUUCCGCAGCACAAACGAGUGCGAGUCGCGGGGGAAAGAUUCCAGAAGGACUGGUCUAUCAAUGAAGUGGUUCAGAGGGUUUUGGGGACUAAGCAUUGGGAGGAUAUCGAGGGACUGCUCAAUCGGUGGGUCGGACGGUUCACUAGGAAGAAUUUUCCUGUUCUUAUUAGGGAAAGCGAAAUUAUGACUCGAAUUGGUUGGUCAAAUUGUGAUGAAUGCCAGUGGGCCCCAAACGAGCCUAGCCGAGGUUUAAAAUGUUUAGGUUUGUUUGUUAAGUUUUUAAAAUGUUUUUAGUAUUUGAAAGCUGUCUCCUAUUUCCAACUUAUGAUAGGGACCAAUAUCCAUCCUGACACAACUACCCAUAAUAUCGUGAUAUAUUGCCUUAUAAAGCUUCAACAAUAUGCGCAAGCUAUCGAAAUGUUCAAUUCAAUGAGGGAAAAAAGAUCAGAGUGCAAACCUGAUAUUGUAACAUUCACUAGCCUCAUUCAUUUGCACUCUGUUAGUGGGCAGAGUACAAUGAGGUAGUCGUUAUAUUAUUACAACUUAUUUGAUACAAGAAGCUAAAAUCUCAAGUAUAUUGUUUAAGAAGUUUUAGAUAUGGAGGUUAUGUGUGGGUGGUAAUGGGUGCAGGGGCGGAGGGGUGCUAUUGGUGGCGAUAGGCAUAGAGGUAGUAGCGAGUGUUGUGAUGGCGGUGGUAGUGGUGAUGUGUUGAGGCGACGGUAAUUGUCAUAUACGGUGGAGUGGCGGACGAGGGUGGUGUUAGUGGCGGUAGUAGGGGCACGAAGGCAGUUUUUAAUGCUGUUAUGGUGGUGGUG